AUGGCAUUGAUUAAUUUGGCAUUUUGUCGUUGUAAGUGUGCAAUUAGACUACCAAUAACUUCAGCAUUAUUAUUUACACGUGCUAUGGUAGCGAGAAAUCUCACUCCUGUCAGAGCUUAUAGUUCCCAUCCGGAUGUAGAAAGCUUGCAAAUAUUAGAUCCAGAAUUCAAAAAUUUACCAAUUGCUCAUGUUAAAGCCAGUUAUAAUAAUACCAUUAUAACGAUAACAGAUAUGAAAGGUAAAACCAUUAACUGGGCCUCUGGGGGUACCGAAGGCUUCAAAAAUGCAAAACGGAGUACUACUUAUGCCGGUCAAUCCGCUGGUGAAGCUGCUGCUAAGAAAGCCAUUAGAAAAGGAAUUAAUAAAGUGAGGGUUAAAGUCAAAGGAAUGGGGCCUGGCCGUGAGGUACCACAUUAA